AUGUUCAACUUAUUCACCAAGCUAUUUGCUAUCCUUCUCAUUAGUAGCACUGUUUUUAUAGCUGCUGAUGUAGUUAAAGGAAAAUGGUUCGAUCGAAUUGUUUUAAUUAUGUUCGAAAAUACGAAUCAAUCCGUAGUUAUUGCGGAUCCAUACUUCAAAGAAAUCACGACGAGGCCACAAGGUGUCUUUUUUUCUGAGUUCUAUGCCGUAGAACAUCCUAGUGAGCCUAACUAUGUUGCACAAAUUGCUGGCUCAACUUUCGGUAUUUUGGAUGACGAAAAUUAUGACGUUAAUGCUACAACUCUGGUGGACCUCCUUGAAAGUAAAAAUGUUUCAUGGAAGGGCUAUAUGGAAGACUUUCCCGAAAAUUGUUUCUUGGGUGCAAAUACCAGUCUAUAUGCUAGAAAACAUAACCCUUUUUUCUCUUUCACGACAAUUACCAACAACCCUACCCGUUGUGCAAAGGUAGUUAAUGGUAGUCGACUUGAUGAUGAUAUUGCGAAUAAUCAAGUACCACAAGUGGUAUAUUAUACUCCCAAUCUAAUUGAUGAUGCUCAUAACACGAACGUCACUUUUGCGUCAUCAUGGUUUAAGAGCUGGUUCGAACCUAAACUCAAAAAUCCUUCAUUUACCAACAACACGUUAUUCUUCAUAACUUUUGACGAAUCUGAUAAUAACAAUGAUACUAUUAAUCAUAUUUAUUCAGCUAUUUAUGGCUCACCUGUCCAAAAUAAUAGUGAUCAUAAUGAUACAACUAAAUAUAAUCAUUAUUCAUUUUUACGCACUGUUGAGGACAAUUGGAACCUCGGUUCUCUAGGUCGCAAUGAUACAAAUGCAACUGCCUUUACCAAAUAUUUG